UUUAACUUGUUCUUGCGAUCCUCGAUCUGGUCGAUGCGCGAUCGAGGCCAGCGAGCGAUGGAUUGGAUCGAUUCGGUGGAGUGCCAGGAGGAUCGCCGCUAUGGUUGUGUGGGAUCCGGGAAGAGAUCGCGAGGGUUUUCCAGGGGUUUCUAGGGUGUGGAUGGCGCAGGGGGGAGGCGAAGCGAGCAUGAAUGCGAUGGCGGGCAUGAUGCAGUCUCCCUCUCACGCCGAUGGCAGCGAUGGCAAGGACAAGGACCGCGGCGAUGGCGCCCGCAAGGAAUUUAACUUCUGGACGGACCAGGAGGUGUGGUUCUUGCUGGAUGCGUACGAGGAGAAGUGGAAUCAGCUGGAGAGGGGGAAUGUCAAGAGCAAGCACUGGGAGGAGAUCGCGCACAGGCUCGCCACGCACAGCAGUGGAUUGUGGGUGGCCAAGACGCCCACGCAGUGCAAGAACAAGAUCGAGGACAUGAAGAAGAAGUACCGCGCGGAGAAGGCGAUGAAGGGCACUGGAGUGGGCGGCGCUCCCGGAUCGUAUUCCAAGUGGGUCUUCUUCCAGAGGAUGGAGAGCUUGCUGGCGAGGAAUGGAUUCAAGAGCGUGGUGGGGAUGCCGGGGGGGAUGGAUAACGGCGAGCACGCACAACCCGCGGUGAUGGAGCUGGAUUCUUUCAACCAGAUCGAGAGCCAUCUCCACUUCCGGCAGUGUACUCCCGGGGCUGCCACCGCCGCUGCUGGAAGGAUUGGCGAGAAGGAGAUCGAGGACGAGGAUACGUCCUUCACGACUCCACACCACCACGUCGCGAAGGAGAAUGGGAGCUUGACGAGCUUGCUGGAUCCUUGCUCGAGGGUCCGAGAAGAGGCAGUGGCUUGCCUGGAUGGGCGGGGUGGCGGUGGUGGCGGUGCCGGCGGUAACGGUGGUGGUGGUGGCGGUGUUGGUUGUGGCGGCGGUGGAUUCAAACGGCGGAAGCAUGCCGGGGGAGCGUCCUCGAUGAACGAGGUGGUGGCGGUGAUGAAAUCGUUUGGAGAGUCGCUGCUGAGAAUCGAGGAGGCGCAGAUCCAGAUGCAGCGGGAGGUGGCUCGGUUGAAUGCCGAGGCGGAGCUCCGGCGGAUCGAGAUGGAGGCCAAGCGAGCGGAGAUGAUGCUCAACACGCAGCUCCAGAUUGCCCGGCUCUUCUCCUCCAACAAGCCGAGGAGGAAGAAACCGGUGAAAAAGGCCGAGAACGCUGGUGGUGGUGGUGGUGGUGGUGGUGGCGGAGGAGGAGCUUCACAGGAAAUGGAAGAUCCGUGAAAACUUUCGGGGUUUACGCUUCACUACCGUGAGGUACAUACACAAUUUUGUUUGCUCUCUCUCUCGGUCUAGCCGAGUUUUUCCCGAGCGAUGGAGGACAGGUUCUUCUCCAAAACAAUCUCGUGAGAGACAAUCUCGCUCAAAAAAGCUUUCCUUUUCUUCCUCGAGCAUGUAGACUUUAUUCUUUUCCAGCGUGUUUGGUUACUCACA